CAGCGUUAGAGCUUCAGUCCUCAACAUGAACGCUCAUCUCAUCCUCAUCUUCUUCUCUCUCAGCUCCUUGUUGCAGGACGGUCUCACUCAGCGUGUGUUCACUGGACCUGAAGGAGGAUCCGUCACAGUCAGCUGCUCGUUUAACUUCUCUGGAUGGACGAAGCGUUUCUGCAGGAAGUCGUGUGAAGACGGAGACGUCCUGUUUGAGACAGAGGGCGUCAGAGCUCAGAGAGACAGAUACAGCAUCAGAUACAAUGAAGGAAGUUAUCUACAAUCUUAUUCAUUUGUUCAUGUGACAAUAAAACAGCUGAGGAAGUCCGACUCUGGACAUUACACGUGUGGUUUGAAGAGAACUCCUCUUCAUCGAGACACAUACGAAAAGGUUGAGAUCAUCGUCACAGACGCUUCACCUACGACACUGAACUGGUCAGUGGAACCUUCUCCAACAUCUCUCCCAGCAGCCACAGCCACAGCUCCCAGCUCCAGCUCUCCUGAAACCAGUGAAGAGUCAUCUGCAACCUCCAGCUCUCCUGGAACCAGUGAAGAGUCAUCUGCUCCUCAGAUCACACCUGUCCUGGUGACUGUGAGUGUCAUCAUCUUCAUCGUCAUCAUCAUCAUCUCCGUGACUGUGAUAGUGUUCUGCAGGAACAGAACCAGUAAACACACAGGUUGAAGACGACACUGAGGUGGAGUCUAACCUCAGUGACUCACUCCACAGCGCCCCCUAUAGUCAGUGGAGGAGCUUCAUGUUCUCUGUUCUCCACUUUGCUUCAGGUUAAAUGAAACUGUAACUAUAACUAUAACUGUAACUGUAACUGUAAAUAUAACUGUAACUCAGUAACUUCAUGUUACAGAUCGUUUACUCUUAAAUAGUAAAUAACUUUUAAAUAAUAUUAAUAAACUUUGUAUGUAUUUAUAUGCAUUUGUUACCUCGAGCCUGAAUUACUGUACUUACAGAUUUCAAUUAGUCAACCAUGACUCUUCCAUGCACACACAAGUUACUCAUGGAGUUCCACAAUGUUCUGUCCUCGGACUCUUCAUCUUAUGAGGAGCUUUGCACGUGAAGCAGCCGCUCAGUGACUUUGUAGAAGUGAAACACGGAGUUCCUCUGGUCUCAGCUGCUUCAGGGUCAGCUGCUCUGGGAUCAGCUGCUCUGGUCUCAGCUGCUUCAGGCAUUUUGCCCAUCCCCUCACAUGUCUAAGCACUGGACACGUCCUGAUAUCGGAGGAUGGCGUGGAACCCUCGAGCUGAUCAUAGAAGCUUACACAUCCCACUCCCCAUCAGUCAGAUCCUUGACACCUGCAGUGGAGGAUCUGUCCCGCUUGGCCAAGUGUUUGCUCAGUAACUCUGUUUGUGUUCAAAUCUCUGUAAAUUGUUU